UUUGAAGGCUCCUAUGAGACGCUCCACAUUUCUCCUUAUCAGACAGUUGGAAACAUCAAGAGGAUGAUCAAGGAGCGUUUUUACGUUCAGCUGUCAGGUGAUGAGCAGGUGCAGCAUUUCCUGGAGCUGAGGUUCACUGGUGCCGCCCUGCAGGACAACUGGUGUGUGACAGACAUUGGCAUCACCACAGGAAGCACCAUUCACUGUCAGGUCAAGGAAGUAAACAAGGCCAUUCUUCAUGUGUUCAGUGCCAUAACGAAGGAAACACUUCCUAUAAUGGGAGAUUUACUGAGUUCCUCUGUAUCCAAACUGAAGUCUCUGGUGUCCCUGCAGUUUGGUAUUCCUGUCACUGCCUUCACACUGUCCACUGAGAGCGGCCUUCUUCUGUAUGACUGUAACCUGCUCAGUGACUAUGCUGUACAAGCUGGGCACACUCUUCGUCUGGAUACUUGGGAUGGCUGGAAUGAAUUUUUGAAAGUUUGUUUGAGAGGACACAGAUGCACAGUUCAACGACAUCUCUCUGACGAGAAGCCUGUACUAAGAUUUCAGAAGCGUGUGGCUCUAUAUGUCGCAGCAGCACAUGGACACUUGGACUUGGCCAGCUGGUUGAUCAAGUCUGGGGUUAAAGCAGAAGAUCCUGUUGGUGUCCACCCAUACCGUACAUGGUGCUCCGUGAUGAACCAUCCAGACACUCUGAAAUGUCCUGCACAUGCAGCUGCCGAAGCUGGACAGCUUCUGAUUCUAAAACUCUUUAUAAGUACUAGUAUCGCAAAUCUGGCCUGUUGCGAUCCCAGCGGCCGCAACCUACUGCAGAUCGCAAUUGGACAUCGGCACAGAGAGUGUGUCUCUCAUUUAGUUUCUAAACUUUACACCACUGUCAACUUUCCUGGAUACUCUCUACCAAUGCAGAUCUACCUUCAGAUCAAGACAUGGAUACAAAAGGCUAAAAUGAGACAACAACGUCUAUUUGGAAGCAAAGUAGGUGACCCGGUGCAGGUCGAUGGCUUUCCCAUGCAGAGGAUGUUCUUGAACCCCAUUGGUAGAAUGCUGAGGGAAUGUGUGGAUGUCAAAAAUCCAUCCUGUGGCGUUUCAAUGACAACAUCCUUUGUAGGUCCUUCCUGUCUCUCUCAUUACCCUGCUAUUCCAUCUUCCCAGAUUGCAUCAGUAAAGCUGCCCCAGCUGCAUCAUUCCCAGACCCAGAAGAGUACAGGAAGAGAUCAGAACCUCACCAGGAACAGGGCAUGUGGGAGGAAGAACCCAACGGAAAUCCUGGCAGCUGAAAAUAGUUACAGGAGCACAGACACCUGGUGGAAAAAAGUUCCACUGCCCCAUUCUAUUCUGGACACCAGACUCCAGCAUUUACUCAUCAAAUGCUCCACAAAUUCAGCUGAAAUACUCACCAUCCCUCGGGAAAACUUCAGGCUGCUUUGUGGCCGAACGCUACAAGAAAAUGCUAUUUACUGCUUGGCCAUUGCUAGUGCUUUCACAGAUAAGACGUGGCUGCAGCAGCUAGCAAUAGCACAGACACUGGCCAGACGCAGCAUUCGAAAUUUUCUCUCAGAUCAACUGGAAAUGGCACCCCGACCAUAAUCUAGAAUAACAAGAGUGUAAACACAGAAUAAAACAUUGUGUACAGACUACAUAUAGUGUACCCAUUAAACAGAUACACAUAUUUUUGUA